GCUUGCGUUUGUGCCUUGACAAUACCACCUUCAGAUGUCCUUGUUUGUCCUCUGCGGCCAGUGGAGCGUUUCCGUGACUUGUGUCCCGAGGAAGUGGCCGAUUUAUUUCGUAUGGUGCAAAGGGUUGGCAACGUGGUGGAGAAACACUUCUGCAGCACCUCGCUCACCAUUUCAAUUCAGGAUGGCCCUGAAGCUGGACAAACGGUGAAGCAUGUUCAUGUCCAUGUCCUUCCAAGAAGGGCCGGAGACUUUAGCAGGUUUCUGGAUAUAUAUUUAGAACUUCAAUACUGGAAUAUUAAUUGUAGAAGGGAUAAAAGAGGGGCCGCCACCUAUUCCACAGCACCUUCUCUAAGGCAUUUCUUGCUGGAAUAUGUCACUUAA